GAAACGAGUCCAAAACUAGGGCUGUGACAACUUAUCGUGAUAAAACUAAAUAUUUAGCCAGUAUGAAGGGAUAUUUGACCUUGUCGUCGCGUGGAAACCUCAGCAGGUCGAAAGGGUGAAGAGAUGAGCGGGUCAGCGGAACUCCUUUACAGCCUGGUUGCAGCCCUGCCCUCCCGACAUGCUGAGGAGCAGCUUGUUCAGUUCCGGGCGCGGCCGGAUGCCUGGGAGACCUGCCUAACCAUCGCCGCGGGCGCGGAGGGCCAGGUCGGCACGCCUUUCACGCUCCUGCUCUUCACCGCGCAGACCCUCCACGCCCUCGCUCGGCGGUGCCCUCCCGUCAGCGCCACCGACCCCGUGGCUGCCGCCGCGCAUGAUCAGUUCCUCGCGGCUCGGCAGAACGGCCUGCUGGCCGCGCUGGCGCGCAUGGGCGCGGCCGCGGCGCCGCAGGGCCGGCCGCCCGGCCACAUCGCCAAGCUGCUGACGGCCGCGCUGGCGGCGCUGAGCGUGCGCAGCUACGCGCAGCUACCGGCGGCGCUGCCGGCGGUGGUGCAACGGCUGCCGCCCGGCUUCGCGGUGCAGCUGCUUCUGGCGGUGGCGGAGGAGGGCGAGGCGCUGCAGGCGCGCGCGGGCGGCGAGGUGGAGGGCAGCGCGGCGGCUCAGCACGUGCUGCGCGAGGAGCUGGGGCGGCCCGUGUUCGAGUGGCUGGCGGCACUGGCGGCCCAGGUGCAGGUGCAGCAGCAUCAGCAACAGCAACAACAGCAGCAGCAGCAACAACAGCAGCAGCAGCAACAGCAGCAUCUAGGAGGAGGAGCGGCAGGAGCGGCUGGAGGGACGGAGGCGGGAGGAGGAGGAGCCGGUGGCGGCGGCGGCGUGUCGGACUGGGGCGCGGCGGCGCUGCUGUCGCCCGACCUGCUGCGGGGGCUGGUGCGCUGCUGCGGCGCCUGGUGCCGCCUGGGCUGCCUGUACGCGGCGGCCUGCCCGGGCGGCGCGGUGCGGGUGCUGCUGGGGCUGCUGCUGAGGCUGGUGCACCCAGCGGAGGGCUGCGAGGAGACGCUGCGGCGCGAGGCGUGUGAGGCGCUGGGCGACGUGGUGGAGUACGGCCCCGACGGCCUGCUGCGCGAGCUGCACGGCCCCAUGAUGCAGCUGGCGGCGGCGGCGGCGGCGGCAGCGGGGGCCGCCACGCCGCACGCCGCCGCCCUGCGCCGCCUGGGCAGCAGCCCGCGCCUGCAGCGUGGAGGAGGCGGAGGAGGUGGAGGGGGCGGAGCCGCUGGGGGCAUGGCGGCAGACCGAUGUGGCGGUGGCGGCGGCGGUGGCGGCGGGAUGGUGGACGCGUUUGGCGCCGCCGCCGCCGCCGAGGCGCUGGUGGUCGAGGGCGAGGACGCGGACCCGGAGCUUGUUCAGGAUGUGGUGCAGCUGGUGGCGUCGUACGCGGCGGCGCGCAUGGGCGACAUCACCGCCGCCGCCAUGGCCUGCGGCGGCGGCAGUGGCGGCGGCAAUUGUAGCAACAGCGGCGGCGGCGGCGCAAGCACUGUAGUCGGGCGUGGCAGUAGCAAUGGCGGGCAUGCCAGUGAUGGAGGCGGCAGCAGCGCGCUGGGCGGCCGCGGCGAAAGCGACUGCGGCUCUUCGGCGCCCAGCGGUCCGGCGCCGCCGGCCGCUGGCGGCGCUGCCGUCGCGGCCAUUGACCCGGCGCUGGCGGCGGAGGGGGCGGCGCUGGCGGGCGCACUUGCGCGGCUGGGUCCACUGGUGCCGCUGACCUUGAGCGGCUACCCCGUGGGCUGGUCGGCGCUGCAGGGCUUGGCGGACCUGGCGCUGGCGUGCAUCGGCGCCGAGGGGGUGGAGCCGGGGGCGGCGGCGGCGGCGGCGGCGCCGUCGGGCGGCGGCGCGGCAGGCGCCGCCAGGGCUGCGGCGGCCGGCAGGCCGGCCGCCACGGGGCGGCGCAGUGUGGAGAUGGCGGCGGCGGACGAGGAGGUCAUGGGCGGCGCCGGGGCGGCGCCGGCGGCGGCGGCGGCGGUUCGCGGCGGCGAGGGCGGAGCUGGAGAGGAGCACGACGGCAGCGGCGGCCUGGCGGCGGCGGAGCACGUGGUGGCGGGCGGUCUGACGCUGGCGGCGCGGCCGGGGCUGCCGCCGCCACUCGUACAGCUGUACGACGGGCUGCUGCGUGCCGUACUGUCGUGCUGUGUGACGUGGAGCGCCGAGGGGCCGCCGGGCUACGGCGCCGCCUUUGGCGGUGCCGGUGCUGACGGCGGCGGCGACAGCGACAACGACGGCGGCGGUUACGUGGCGGCGGCCGGCGCGGUGGUGGCGGCGGAGCCUGGCGGGCUGCUGCGGCUGCCGCCAGACAGCCUGGACGCCCUGAGUGCGUGCCUGCAGGCGUGUGCGGGUGUGGUGGGCCAGGCGCGGCAGUUGGAGCUGGCGGCGGCGCUGCUGCCGCCGACAGGGCCUGGGCAAGCGGCGGGAGGCGGCGGCGGCGGUGGAGGUGGAGGUGGAGGCGGGGCGGGAGGGGAAGGGCAGGAGGCGCCGCAGUCGGUCGUGUCGGCGGCGGCGGCGCUGACGGCGGCGCUGGAGGCGGCGGCGGCGGUGGGGCGACUGCCUCCGCCGCUGCCUGUGACUGUGCCCUACGGCUGCGCAGGCGGCUGCACUGCCACAGCCGCAGGUGCAGGCUCCCAGGAACUGGCGCACGCGGCGGCGGCAGCGGCGGCGGUCCUGACGCGAAGCGCCCAUUUCCUGUGCACCGCCGCCGCCGCCGCCGCCGAGAGCCGGCGGCUGCGUUCCCCGGCUGGCGCUGCUGCUGGCGGCAACAGCCGCAAGCGCGGCCUGAGCCCCGGCGUGCCAUGCGCGGCAGCGGCACCGCCGCCGCCGCCCGGGCCCGGCGCUGGCGCAAUGGACGCGCAGGCGGAGUACGCCGCAGGUGGCGGCGGCGGCGGUGGCGGCGGCGGCUUGGCUGCUGGCCCGGGUCGCUACGUGCCGCCGCGCUGGCAGCUGCCGCAGCUGUACCUGAGCUACAGCCGGGCGGUGGUCGGCGGCUGUAGCGCCGCGCUGCAGAGCGUGGGGCUGCAGGCGGCGGCGCGGCAGCAGCAGCUGCUACAGCCGCAGCAGCAGGUGGCGGCGCAGGCGGCGGCGAGCUCGGCGUUGAGCCUGCUGGUCGAGUGCGCGCUGGAAGGCCUGCACUACGAGCCGGCGGUGGCGGCCUCGGCGGCGGCGCUGCGGGCGCUGGUGGCGGCGGCGGGCGGCCUAGGCCUGGACCUGCCGGCGCCGCUGGCGGAGCGAAUUGUGGAUGCGGCACACGGCGGCGGCGGCGGCGGCGGCGGUGGCGGCAAUGGCAGUAGCAAUGGCCUUGCAGGUGGCGGCGGCGGCGGCGGCGGCGGUGUCGGCGGGCGGCUGCAGCUCAGUAGCGGCGCACUCAGGGAUUUGGCGGCGGCGGCGGUGGCGGCGGUGCGGCACGUGGACGUGACGUUGACGCUGGAGACGGCGGCGGCGGCGGCCGCUGCGGCUGGCAGCGGCGGUGGUGGCGGCGGCGGGGUGCUGGCGGCGGCCGAGCAGCUCUUGGAACGGCCAUCCGUGCUGCUGCAGCGCCUGCUUGGCCCCGCACUGCACUGCAUGUCGCGAGCAGCCGCCGCAGUCGCAGCCAGCAGCACUGGAGCCGUGGCGGCGCCUGGCGGCGGCGGCGGCGGCGGCGGUACCGCCUGGACUCGCUUGGGGCCCGUCUACAACGCCGCACUCAGCCGCCACCUGCGGCUCUUCGAGAUUGCGCUACAGCCGCUCGGCAACAGCAGCGCCGCCGCGGCCGCCGCCGCCGUGGAUGCUACAGCCUCGUAUCACGCGCCGUUUAGCUGUAGCAGCGGCAGUGGCAGCAGCCUAACUGCGGGCCAGCACCCGUCGCCGGGGCUGCGGGAGGCGGCGGCGCUGGCGUGGAGCAAUGCGGUGGGCGGUGUGUUCGUGUCGGCGGGGUGGCCGCACCUGCAGGCGCUGUUGGUGCGCGGCGGCGCGGCGGGGCCCUUCCUGGCGCCGCUGUGCCGCUGCCUCACGCCGCUGCUGCUGCAGCUCACAGACACAGCAGGCGCGGGGCACGGCGGCGGCGCUCGCCUGCUGCAGCAGCAGCUGCAGCAGCAGCACAUGCAACAGCAGCAACAUCACCAGCACUACCAGAACUUGCACCAGCAGCCGCACCACGGGCCCGGCUGUGCCGGGACGGAGGCCUUCGUGAGCAGCGUGCUGGUGGCGCUGGCCGCGGCUGUGGGCCGGCCCGGGGCGCGAUGCGUGCACGAGCCGCUGGCGGCGCUGCUGGAGGCCGCGGCCGUGCCAUCGCAGAACGGCGGCUGUAGCAGCGGCGGCAGCAGCAGCAGCGGCGGCGGCGGCAGUAGCAGCGGCGAGGGCGGCGCUGCCGGCCGGGCGCGGCUGAACGCCGCCGCCGCGGUGAUGCGGCUGGUGCGGUGGCUGCUGUGCGACGGCGUGGGCUUGCCGCUCCUGGCCGCAAUGGACCUGCAGCAGCACGAGCACCACCUGCAACACCCGCAGCACCCACAGCACCACCGGGAGCAGCCGCAGGGAGGCGCCAGAACCAGCAUGGGCGGCAGCGGCUGCGGCAGCGGCGUGACGCACGGUGGCGCCGGCGCCGGCGCCGGCACCGGCAGGAGUCCCAUGGGCGGCGGCGGUGCCAUGGCGGGCUGUGAUGCCGGCGGCGUGGGCGCGGGCGCAGGCACGGGCGUGGGCGUGGCGGCGGCGCUGGCGGCUGAGUGGCGCUCCGCCGACCGCGACCCAGACACAGCCGAGUGCCUGCUGCGACUGGCCACGGCCGCCGCGCGCUACGGCCUCGCCAGCGGCGCCCUCAGCCUCAGCCUACGAGUGAGCGGCGGCGCCGCCAGUGCCGCCGCCAGCAGUGGCGGCGGCGGAGGCGGUGGGGGACCGGCGGCCGACUCCGAUUUGACCGUACACCGGCUUUACCAGGGCUGGUGCACGGGCGCGGAUGUGGGCGGCUCCGCAGGAGGCCGCGGCGGGGGCGGCGGCGCAGUUGCUUACGGGGGUGGUGGCGGCGGCGGCGGCGGCAGCAUCAGCGUGCAGCUGUUCCCCGAGCCUGACGCGGCGGCGGUGGCGGCGGCGGCGCUGCGGCUGGCGGCGGCCUGCAGCGGCUGCGAGCACAAGGCGGUGGCGGCGGCGGCGCUGGGCUGCACGUGCGCGGUGCUGGAGACGGCGUGCGCACUGCCGCCGCCGCAGCAGCAGCAGCAGCAGCUACUGCAGCAGCAGCUACAGCCGGGUCAGCGGCACCUGUGCGGUGUGGUGCUGCAGCAGGGGGCGGUGGUGGCUGGCGGGCUGCUGGCCGCGCUGCUGGCGUCCUCACCCCUGCCGCGCCUGCAGCGCGUGUGCAACGGCCUCGCCUGGCUGGCCGCCGCCACGUGCUGCUGUUACAGCCUCGAACAGCAGCAGCAGCAGUGGGCUGCAACGGCUGUAGCAGCGGGCAGCGGCGCCCACAGCCACCAGCACAACCAGCAGCAGCAGCAGCAGCAGCAGGCGGUGGGGGCGCUGCUGUCGACGUGGCUGGCAGCGGCGGCGGCGCAGCUGGGCCUGCAGCAGCAGGAGGCCGUCGUGCUGUGCACGGCCUUGUCGCCGCUGUUGGUGGACCUGGGCGCGCGCACCGCCGCCGCCGCCGCAACAGCAGCAGCCGCUGCUGCUGCUACAGCCACUGCCGGGGCUGCGCCAGGCGUAGCAGUAGCAGCAGUAGCAGCAGUGGGCGCGGGUGAGGGCGGCGCGGCGGCGCGGCUGUUGUCGCGGAGGCUGAAGCGCGUGCUCCGGGACUUUGCCGAGCGGCGGCUGAGGGGCUGAGUCCGGGGCCAGGGGCUGACCUCGUGGCUGUGUGAGCAAUGCUGUAUCUAGGAGCGGGACGCGUGCUACAUGUGCAGGCACGUGAGCAGCAGGACAAGGACAGUUGCGAGAUCGCAACGCUCGGUCAAUUACGGACAUCAUGAUCAAGCAGCAAGUUGCAUUGCGGCCCCAUACUUUUAUAUUCUGAGUGGCGGGGGAGGGCAGGCAGAGGGGGAAGGAAGGCGUGUCAAUCCAUGGCUGUGUGGCUGGAGUGGUGCGUCAUGUGCGGCGUGACAGACCGGAGCAGGCGACCGGAGAGCGAGCGCGAUGCAUAACUGCCCUGGCGCUAAUUAGCAUUAACUGCGGUGAACGGUUUGGUUGCGCGCAUUGUAACUUCGCUUUGUUGCUAAUGCCUCUGUGUGUGCCAGCGUGACGCCGUGACCUGCUGCCAGUGUGCCCCUGCGCCUCAAGUGCUGGAAGUGGUGGUUGGGGCUGAGUCUAGGCUCUGCCGCUCUGGCUCACAGGGUGGGCUGCAUAGCCCGGUCGUAAACUUGGUGACCUCUGUAGAGCUUCCCACAGCUGGCAACCUGCUCAUGCAUAUGCAGCGGCUCGUGGCAGUGUCGCAAGAGCAUCGUCGAU